AUGUCCUUUGAUGGGGCCGAGAUUUUUGAAGUUCAAGAAAAGCCUUUGAAUGGUUUUGCCAUGAGUUCAAGCAGUCGUGGAAAUAGUGUGAGGGGUUGUGGGACGUAUCGCCACUCUCCUAAUCAUAGUAGCAAUGGUAGCAGCCGUCCAAAAUGGCAAGGAAAUCGUGCUCACCGCCCCAAGGACUUUCGCCAAUGCUUAGGUUCAGGGGAUUGCCCUCCUAAUGCAGGAGCAAGCUUGUCCCCAAAGGACUCAUCAUACUUAGGUCAAGGGUUUCCCAAGCAAAGUAGAAGUCCAGGUGGAGCUGCAUCAAAUAAUCAGCAUGCAGACACCCAGGACUUGCACAGAAACUCGCCCCCACAGCAGAUAAAUAGUUGUGCCCAGGAGGGCUCUUUAGUAAGGUCGAACAUCCCUUCUUCUGACAACUUAGCAUCAGCAUCAGUGGAUGUCCGCAUGCCACCUCAGUCAAGAUUUUCACCUUUUCAAAAUUCUGAAUUGAGGUUAAGUCCAACACUCUCUUCUUCAAUUUUUUGCCAUAACAAUGCUGGAAGAGAUGAUGACCAAAAAAGUGAUAGUCCAACUCCCAAGAGACGGCGUUUAUCCCACAGCCAAAUAGUGGAGAUGUCAGUGCCAAACCCUCCUUCCCCCCCUCAUGUCCGUGCAAACCAGUGGGAUUAUUCCAGCAAUGUUCAGCCACCUCCUCGCCGUUCUCCUCGUUUGACUUCAGCAGCAAGAGGGCGUGGAAGCCCUCCUAUUAGGAGAAAUCGUUUCCGUGAUCAUGGGUCGGUUUGGAAUCAGGACAACUUCUCUCAAUCACCUCACUCAGCGCUGCCUCACCCACCACCUCAUGGGAAUUAUGGACCUCCAGCAUCAACGGUCCCUACAAACCCCAAUCAUCAAUCGGCCAUUGUUGUUGAAGUCGCAGCGGUUGGCCCUCCAGUGCCAGUGCCUGUCCCUGUGUUUGGCCCAGGCUCCUCUCCGCCCCACUUGCCAGCAGGGCUCUACUCGCCACCGCCAUUUCCUCCAUCAUGUCAGGUGACACAGUUCAGUGGUUCUGUGAGUUCACACCAUCCGUCACAUGUCUAUCACCUGCACCACAACCACCACCAACCGCCCCCGAGCCACAUCCACAAUAUGCAUCCCAACCCCCACAACGGUGGCCACCCCCACCCUCCGCACCCCCAUCACUGUCCCCACCCAUGCCCACACCCCUGCCCCCACCCCUGUCCUCAUCCUAGCCAGCAGCAUCCCCCUCACAAUUUGUACGCCCCUCCUCCUCACUCCCAUCCACACGCCUACCCGCCCGGUCCCCCCCACCCCCACCCCCAUCCGCACUCCCACUCCAACCCCCACCCACACCCCCACUCCCAUCAGUACCACGGAGGGUACCCCAGUCCGGGGCCCUUCAUGCCGCCUGGGCAGGCUGCUCUGUUUGGACCGCAGCAGCAAAUCAGUACAACUAUGGUUCGGGGGCAACAUUAUCACCCUCACCCAAAUUCACAGAGAAAUCCUGACAUGGAGCCUACUAUAGUCGGGGACCACCCAUCACAUCCGCAUCACCACCACCACCACCAUCCACAUCCCCAUCAACAACCUCACCCCCACCCUCAUCCCCACCCCCAUGCUCAACCUCAUCCUCAUGCUCACUCACAUACCCAUGCUCAUUCCUAUUUGCCGCCCCCUGUCACUCCUUCUCCAAUGUCUGUGCUGCGUCUUUUACGCACACCUCCACCAACUCCUCCAACUCCACCAGUGUUUUUGCCUGAGCACAACAGAGCUUUAGAAAUUCUGACACAACGUGCAUUCCGGCGUUCCCCUGCCCGUCGAGUUCAUCUUGUGUCGACAGGAACUACUACAUAUCCUAAUCUUCUCCUGCACUUCAUAGCUAUGCUUUCACCUACUAAUUCACCAUACAAUCAAGGUGAUUUAGGCACAGGUGAAUCUAUGGAGACUGAAAAUUACGAAGCCCUGUUGAAUCUUGCGGAACGUUUAGGAGAAGCUAAACCUCGAGGACUGAAUAAGCCAGAGAUAGAUCAACUCCCCUCUUACAAGUACAAUGUUGACACUCACGAAGGUGAUCAAACAUCUUGUGUCAUUUGUAUGUGUGACUUUGAGAUGCGUCAAGUUCUAAGAGUUUUACCUUGCUCACAUGAAUUCCAUGCCAAAUGUGUUGACAAAUGGCUAAAGACCAAUCGCACGUGUCCAAUUUGCCGAGGUGAUGCUGCAGCGUUUUUACCCCAAACUGAGUAAGGCCUGAACCAGCAAGAAAAAGGAUUUAUCAAGAAUGAGGAAGUGAGGUUGGUGAUCUGGUGUGAUGCUAUUGGAUGUUG